AUGGCAAAGGCAGGAUAUGGGGAUGCAGAGCCGACCUUUGACUGCAUGUUCAAGAUCCUGAUCAUCGGCAACAGCAGCGUGGGGAAGACCAGCUUCCUGUUCCGCUACGCCGACGACUGCUUCAGCACCUCGUUUGUCAGCACCGUAGGCAUCGACUUCAAGGUGAAGACCAUCUACAGGCACGACAAGAGGAUCAAGCUGCAGAUCUGGGACACGGCAGGUCAGGAGCGGUACAGGACCAUCACCACAGCCUACUACAGAGGAGCCAUGGGUUUCAUCCUCAUGUACGACAUCACCAACGUGGACUCCUUCAACGCGGUACAGGACUGGGCCACCCAGGUCAAGACGUACUCCUGGGACAACGCUCAGAUCGUCCUGGUGGGGAACAAAUGUGACUUGGAGGGAGAGCGGGCAGUGUCCGCCGAGAAGGGCAGUCACCUGGCCGAGCAGCUAGGGUUCGAGUACUUCGAGGCCAGCGCUAAGGAGAGCAUAAAUGUGCAGCUGGUGUUCGAACGGCUGGUGGACAUCAUCUGCGCCAAGAUGGCGGAGAGCGCGGACGCUGACCCGUCCAUGACCACCGGGGCCAAGAACACACGGCUCACAGACAAGCCCCCGGAGAUCCCCCAGAACUGCGCCUGCUGACCCCGCCCUCCCAGACUUUCAUCUCCCAACCAUGACCCCGAGUCUCAUUGACCCUUCCGUCGUUUACUGGUAAUAUUAUACAUUUCUAUUUCCUCUUCCUGUUUAGUUUCCCCUUCCACGAAUAGUCAACAAUGACCCUUCACCCCUGACAUCUGAAAUCUUACCGCAGGCUAAGGGCACUCUGGGUAGAGUUCACAGCCACGCACAACACUGCCCCCCUAUGGACAGAAGCGUGUUCAGUGCCUAAAAAAACUAUAGUCCAGAAAC